UUAAGUCAUUCAGAUACUCGCAUCAUUUUUACAGUUAAAAACACCAAAAUGUCUAAACCCUCACCGGCGGCAAAAAAGACGCCGGAAAAACUAAACCCGGACGAUUUCCGCCACAGUCCGGUCCACUACGCCGUCGCGGUAGGUGAUCACACAACUCUCUCACGCAUCGUUGCCACUCUACCACGGUUAGCCGAUCCAAAAAGGAUCCACACUGAAUCAGACUCGUUGAAUCAAGAGAAACUCUCCGACCAAAUCGCCGCCGUACUCGACCGCCGUGACAAUCCGAAGCGAGAAACUGCGUUACAUCUUGCUGUGAGGACAAACGACGUGUUCGCUGCACGUGCGCUUGCAAACGCCGGUGCUGACGUGUCGUUACAGAACGCAGACGGUUGGAAUGCUUUACAGGAAGCGGUUUGCCGCCGGUGUACGGAGAUUGUAGCGAUUCUGGUGCAGUAUCACCACGUCUCCGCCUGGUCGAAGUGGCGCCGUCGUCUUCCUCGACUCCUCGCCGUUCUCCGCCGUAUGCGAGACUUCUACAUGGAGAUCUCGUUUCAUUUCGAAAGCUCUAUCGUUCCGUUCGUCGGAAAAAUCGCUCCGUCAGACACGUACAAGAUCUGGAAACGCGACGGUAAUUUACGCGCCGACACGUCACUCGCCGGUUACGACGGUUUGAAAAUUCAACGCGCGAAUCAGAGCUUCCUUUUCCUUGGAGACGGUGACGAAAACCUCGACAUUCCUUCCGGUUCGUUACUCGUUCUCAAUCAUGAUAACCGUCAGAUCUUCGACGCUUUUGAAAACGCCGGAUCUCCGUUAACCGACUCAAACAUCGCCGGAUUCUGCGCUCAGACGAGCGUUUACCGGCCAGGUAUGGACGUCACAAAAGCCGAAUUGUUCGCCAGAAUGAACUGGAGACGUCAGGAGAAGAUCGAAACCGUCGGUGAGUGGAAAGCUAGGGUUUACGAAAUUCACAACGUACAUUUCAGUUUCAGAUCUCGUAAAAUAACCGCUACUGAUUCUUCUGAAACCGCCGGAUCGGAACAGAUCAUGCCAUUAGAACUCGAAGAAGACUCCGACGACGGUUUUCUAGUCGCUGAGAAUCCACGCUACAGUGUUUCCGAUCGCCGGAGACACAGCAGUUUUGUUAGCGGAGAUAGAGAGGUUGUUUCAGUGUCGCGGAAGAGUGUGGAUAUUAUUCCGGAGUGCCGCCGGAGGUCACGUGCACCGCCGCCGCUGCCGAUGCAACCGUUGCCGGUGGUGGUGCAACCGCAGACGAAGGAGAAAGAGUACGUAAAGACGUUACGGCCGUCUGUUUGGUUAACGGAUAACUUUCCGUUACAAACGGAAGAGUUGCUUCCGUUACUUGAUAUUUUGGCUAAUAAGGUGAAAGCUGUUAGACGGAUGAGGGAACUGUUAACGACGAAGUUUCCACCAGGGACUUUUCCCGUUAAGGUGGCGAUCCCAGUGGUGCCAACGGUGCGAGUAAUGAUAACGUUUACAAAGUUUGUUGAGCUUCAACGGCCGGAGGAGCAGUUCUUUACGCCUGUGUCAAGUCCACGGCAGUUCUUUAGUGGCGGAAGAAACAAUGGAUAUGAUGACGUCGUUGUUGAUUUUGAUGAUGAUGAUAAGAAAGGGAACCCUCGUAGUUCGGUUUCCUCUUCAUGGUUGUCGAGGAAUGGUAGUCGGUCUGGACUCCCGACACUUCAAAAGGGGACACCACAAGUGGUGGAUCCUUUUGCUGUGCCGAUUGGGUAUGCGUGGAGUAGUUUUGAUGAAAAGGGGAAACAAUUGAAGAAAUCAAAGUCUACUAGUAGGAAAGUCAAGUGAAUGUAAUAUGUAACAAGAUUUUUUUAUCGAUGGUUGAACUUGUUUGCAAUGUCGUUUAUUGAGUAGGCGUAGGGGGCUUGUGAUUAUGCAAACAAACAUCAUUAAACCCCGUAUAGCAUUCAUUAUCUACUAGAUGUGGUAAA